AUGUCAACGACAUCAACAUCAAUAACGCCUGAUCGCAUCAAGACACGCUUUCUCAUCAUCUCAGAUACCCAUUCUAAAUCUCCUUCCGAUAAUAUCGCAGAUGAUGAAGCUGCUUUCCGCCCGCCAUUGCCCAAGGCAGAUGUGCUUCUUCACUGCGGCGACCUGACCAUGAUCGGUCAUCUAGACGAAUAUGAAAAGACCCUGGAAAUGCUGGAGAGUAUCGACGCGGGGUUGAAGCUCGUCAUAGCCGGAAAUCACGACAUCACCCUUGAUGAACAGUAUUACGCCAGGAAAGGCGAAUACAUGCACAGAGGAGACAGAUACGACAAAGAUCUCCCCGCCAAAGCUCGAGAGAUGUGGACGGGUGAGCGGGCUAGGAAAGCUGGCGUGACGUAUCUGGAGGAGGGAACGCAUGCAUUCCAGCUACAAAAUGGCGCGAAUUUACGGAUCUACGCGUCCCCCUACCAGCCAGAAUUCUGCGACUACGCCUUCCCCUACUUCCGCAACGAAGAUCGCUACAAUCCUCCCCACCAAUGCACGCCGAAUGCCAAACCCAUCGCCGAGAACCCCGUCCCAGACUUCCCCAACAUCGAUAUCAUGAUGACCCACGGACCGCCUAUGGGUGUCAUGGAUGCGACGACAUCAGGACAGCACGUCGGCUGCGAGCACCUACUCCGCGCUGCUCGACGCUGUAAACCCAGGUUGCAUUGCUUUGGGCAUAUACAUGAGGGGUGGGGCGCGCAGAAAGUGCGGUGGAAAAAUGCCGGUGGGCUGGAUGUCAAGAUUGAAGAGCAUAUCGAAGAUUUCGAUACUGUGCCAGUUGAUCACUAUGCGGCUAGGGAGAGGAGGGCGGCUGCCGUUGAUAUCGGCGAGGGUAGUGAUACUGCGGUUGAGUUUGGGCGGGAGACUUUGAUGGUUAAUGCGAGUAUUAUGAGCGUGACGUAUAACCCGCGGAACGCGCCUUGGCUUGUGGACCUAGACCUGGAAAUGGCAAGUUGA